AGCCCAGUGGUGCCGUGUGGUGCAGUGGUACGGGUCAUACGGGUGCCCAGGGCCCAGCAGAAUCGUGAGUCGUGAGCGAUGCGAUUAACAUGUUUUGAGUACUGUUCGUCGCAGUUUCGCGAGCGGACUUGGAAAAAUAUGCGAUCCCUGCUGCAUUGGAGCUAAAUUGCGAUCAAUUUCGAAACGCUACACGCUACCUCUCGAGUGCCGAGCACAAGGGAAGGAGCAACGAUUCCUUCCUGCGACAAGAGCGAAAAAUGGAGAGCGAGCGCUUAACUGGCAGAGACACCAAGAGACACGACGAGAGUACUGAGGCUAAACCUAAGGAGACUCUAGGCAGUCUAGGCUUGACCACCGCAGUAGCCUUGGAUACUCUGCAUCGCGAUGUUACACGCGUUCUGCAGGAGUACGAAGAGGAUCGCAGGAGAAAUAACAAGUAUAGAGCUUGGCUGAGGGAUGCCCUACAUCAUCGCAGCCAAUAUACGACGCUCUGCUGGACCUCCGCAAUCGCCCUGCUGAUCAACGCCAUUAUUCUCAUCGUUGCGUUCUUCACGCUCAAUGAAACAUGGUAUUCGACACUGCCGUACGAAGGACUGACAGUCUGUUGUUUAGUAGUAUUGAAUUUUAUCUUGGUGAUAUUGGAUAACAAAUUACGACACGAGGAAAUUCCUCAUAGAGUGAAACGUCUUCUGGAUAAACUCAAUGUUGCACGUUCCACAUGUCAAUGGAAAUCCGACAACUAUCCGCAUCUGUGCAGUCCGCAAUCCCCUUGCCUGACCCUGCAGUGGACGUAUCGCGAUGGUCAAGUAGUCAACUUGCCGUGGGCUUUAUUAGUGGCCGGUGACAUAAUCGUGAUGAAGCCAGGCCAGCAAGCACCUGGAUAUUGCGUGCCGUACGACGAUGCGGAAGCUCCUGUUUUGCAUGCGAAAGAGACCUACUGUGCGCCGGUACACAGCGCGAACGAGAUUUUCUCCACGCCGCAGGCCCGCGCACCUCUGAAGAGCAAAAUCUACAAACUUCAGGAAACGCCAUACCUGAUGAAUCUCCGAAUGGCGUUGGAUCAAGCUCUCGAUCGACCGGUCACGUAUUACAAUCGCAAGCGUCACUUGUUGAUGAUCUGCUGCAUCGAGCACUUGACCUAUCCGAUACUCGUGAUCGUUAUCCUUGUGGUCAAUCUGCUCCGUUAUCUGUAUUUGACAGAUUAUUUUGGUACCGGCCACUGGAGUGAGAUGUUUUUGCUGCAACCCAUCACCAUUAGUCUGCCGUUGCUGCCGUUGAUGUUUCCCGCCUGCUGGAUCGUCCUCAAUUGCUUCGGCAUGGCCCGUUUCAAAGCAUUGUUCAAGCUUUAUCUGUCCGCAAAGAAACUCCAGUUUGUAGAUCCUUUUGAAGACGCGGAUAUCAAUGGUCCCAGUCAUCCGGAUGUAGUGUAUAAUUGGCUGGAACUCAAAGAGUACUUUUUCAAUAUUCUUUUUGGCACGGAGCACAUGAUGUCGCGGUCGGCGAGCAUUUUACACGUACUGGGCUCUGUGACUGCACUGUGCUGCGUAGAUAAGAAAGGAAUUCUUUCGUGGCCUAAUCCUACGGCGGAGAAAGUAUUUUUCCUACGUAACGCCAAUAUUUUGUCGCCGAGCUCAAGUACCGGCAGCGUGGACAAGACGACUGAUAAGAACCAAGAGUCUGAGGAGACCAAGGUCAACUCCAAUAGAACGUCUUACGUUCAGCACGAUAUGUCGCACUCCACCGCCGAGGUUUUGGAUCUCACCCAUGAUCACGCCCUGCCGUUCCGCCUGCAGUUCGACGACCAAUCGUGGCGACAACAUCUCAACUCCCUGAAGCCGCUCGGCCUGGCGAUCCUCCUCAACACGUGCAACAUGGAUACGCAGGAGCACUACAUGCAAUUCUGUUGCCAUGUCACUUGCGAGGCUCUUUAUAACGAGAACCUAGUCCCAGUGACCAACAGACGCAGAUGUCUGUGCGAACUGGCGAAGCAGAUCGGCUUCCAGGACCAGGCGCAAAAGAUCUUUCAACUGGAGCAACAACUGUGUACAUUUAGACAUGUACAACCGGAGAUGGUCAGGCGGGAUAUAAAGUUUGCGCGUUCGCUGAGCAUCGCGACAAAGUUGAAGUUCCCGUUUCCUCAUAUGGUCACCGUGGUCGUGAAAGAGCGCAGCGGUGGCGGUCUGCAAUUGUUGACGCAAGGAACGGCCGACGUAAUUCUAGACUCGUGCAUCGAGUACUGGGAUGGUCACGAUCUCUGUCCUCUUUCCGCAUCAGACAGAAAAAAGGUGCAGGACUUUUACCAGAGGACGAGCUUGACCUCGUACUGCACCGCAUUCGCUUACCGACCGCUGACGCGCGCCAUCAGCGACAAGAUGUCCGAGAUAUAUCUGGAACUGCCUGCUGAUAGCAAACACUUGUACACGCCGCACAGGAGUCCGACCCCUUUGCCGUGGGACUUUAGAAACGUUCUCGAUCCCAGAGUACGAGGAAUAUUAGGGCAGUUUCAUUCGACAGAUUCCUUGUUGUGCAACGAAACGAAGGAUGAUGACGUGAGCGACGUCGAAAGCUGCUUCGAGGUGCAGUGUAAUCAGGUUUUCAUCGGAAUGGUGACCAUGCAAUAUCAGGCGCAAACCGAUAUGGUGCAACUGAUUGAGCAACUGGACAGGGCGUGCAUAAGAUUCGUCCACUUCAGCAAGGAAAAUGAGCUGCGCUCGCGCGUUUUCUCAGAGAAAAUGGGUCUGGAGAGCGGAUGGAAUUGCCACAUCUCGUUACUCAGCGAGGGGGCCAGGUCCGAGAGUCCAGUGGGUUGGUGGGUGAGCCAGGCAGCAGCCAUGUCCUCACCCACUCCCUCACCCACAGCCCAAUCUCAUCAGCCUAAUUACUCCUGCAUGGACGAGGCCAGCCACUUGCUUAAUCGUGUCUUACCUCGCAACAACUUGAACAACAGCCGAGCGAUGAGUAUGUCGGCGCCGAGCGCUAUCAAUACGGACUUCUCAACGGUCAAGUUCGACGAUGAGACCACCGAGUGGAACAACACGGGGGCUUCGCAGGUCAAGAGCGCGAUGAGCCACAGAGAUAACAAACUGUCGAGCAGGGAGCAGGACACGGUGAGAAGCGAGGACAGCGUUUUGGUGCAGAGCGUUGAUCUAGGAUCAGGCCAGGAAGCUUGGAGAUCCUUGAGCUGCCUCACCGACAGCACCGAGCAAAGCGCGCCGGUCAACUUUGAUCUGUCGAACAGGGCUAAAUUGCCGAGGGGCAUAGAUAAGAUACGUCCGCACAUCGAACUAAUAGACAACGUUCCUUUGCUCGUAUCCCUGUUCACCGACUGCAACACUACAGUGACUCGCGAGAUGUUGCACAUUAUGCAGGACUACGGCGAGGUGGUAUGCGUGCUUGGAUCCUCCGCCAACGCUGAAAACAUGCCAAUCUUCAUGCAGGCUGACGCAGGAGUAGCGGUGGAGCCCUUGUACCCCCAGGUGUGUCAAAAAGUACCCGUGUUGGUACCUACUACGGAGAAUCAAGGAAUUUCUCCCAUCGACCUGAGUAGAGCGCUCAACUCCGUCGCGUGUUCGCUGAGUGUGAAACGCGAGGACCCCGUGGCAAUCUUUCAUCUCAUUAUGGAGGCUCGUCAUUAUAUGAAGAAUCUAUGGAACUGUAUACAAUUCUGGCUGUGCUGCUUAGUUACGCUCUCAUUUAUGCAAAUGCUGUCGGCGUUUCUACUGCUGCCGCCACUGUUCUCCAUCGACCAGGUACUCUGGCUGUGCUGCUUGAUAAUCCCCAUAUUAUCGACAUCAAUGAUCGCCACGCCGAUAGAUUCGACGAUAAUGCAACGCGCGACUGGGAAGAAUCAAUGUGUAGUUAACGGAGAGGUCACGCUAUUCGUGCUAUGGUGCUACGGCAGCAAGUUUUUGCCGACGGUGAUCACAGUGAUCCUCUCGCAGUGCAUCUCGUUCUUGACGCUUUGCCCCGUCUACGUGCCGCAGACGAACUCCAAGUGCCUGUAUAUAUAUCCAGAUCCGCGGGAUCAGAUCUGGGGCGGCUGGGGCAGCAGGCCGAUCGUCGUUCUGGUCGUGCAACAUUUCGCUCUCACCCUCAUAGUCCUGCAUUUCGUUACGAUAUCUGUCAGCUUUGUGCACAGGGAAUACUCGAUAUGGAAGAAAAAUCCCAUGAGUAAUUGCACCUGGUUUCUUGGCGUAUUUGUCGUAUUGUGCGUGCAAGCGGUAUUCUCCGGUGUGGCGUUCCGCAGGUUUUGGCGGGAGGAAGGCAAGAAGAUUGAGAAUUUCCCGAUUCACGUACCGUUGUUCUUUCUACUCUCUGUUCCGCUGACAUUAGCGGUUAACGAGUUGAUCAAGUGGCAAGAGAUCAAAGUGAACGUCAGGUACCAGAAAAGAGCACGUUUAGAAUUUGGUACGAAGCUGGGAAUGAAUUCGCCAUUUUAAUCAAAUUCGUAGCACCAAUUUUUGAUGUCUUCGAAAUAUCAAAUGUGUUUUAAAAGAUAUAUACGGGUACAUCGUUAGGUGUAUAUAUUAUUAGUAUAUGUUAUCGAAAGUAUUCUUACGAUUCAGUUGCUGCAAACUCGAGAGGUCCAAAGGGCUCUCGUCAGCUUUGUGUACUUAUAACGCCGUGUCAAAUAUUGCCAAACGAUUAGACUCGAACGAGGCACCGAUAUUUUUCUAUAGCGAUAUGCAUAUUUAUAUUUUGCGAUGUAACAACGGCCCACAUCGGACGCCGCGCCGCGAAGCUGUCGAUUGCGAGCUUAAACGAGCGUCGCGCCGUGUGAGCUUUCGCACGAUACAUCGGGCCGAUAGCGGAAUAUCUAUCUUAUUUUAUCAAAUCGCUCUGAUUAAGAUGCGCUUUUUUCGCUCUUGAUUCUGUCGUACGUCAAGAUGUCUCACAUCAUAGGUACAUCGCGUUUUAGAUUUCAUUUAAAAAAAAAAAAAAUUUAUAUAUAUAUAGAAAUAAUAUUUUAAUAGUAAAUAAAUAGUAAUUUUACAAUUACCGCAAGAUUAUUUCGUUUCUCUAGUAUCCAUAGUGCGAGCGUGCUUGAGAAAUCUGAGACAUCUUGUAUUUGACGACUUUGGUAUUAUACGUAGAGUAUUUGUACACACAUAAAGAUGUUCCUAUUGAUAACUUUGACAUCUUCGUCAAUGUUCGAUUUCGCGAGCUCGUUGUAGAAUCGUAUAAUCGAGAAAUCGGAAGUUUUUAGCGUGAACGCAACGAUAGUAAUUUAUUUGUUGUGAUCAAGGAUUAGCCGAGACUUUAGCGAAUUAAAUGUACUCUGCGAGAUUAUAGCUAGCCGCAUCGAGAGUUAAAUUCAAACUCUAGCAACAAGAGUCUCGCUGGUACGAGACAGUUCUCUGGUUGUGAGACAGUGUUCGCACGCGCGCGCGCACGUGGUCAUAUUUGGAUAUUAGGUUUCUUGAUUUCCCACCGAUAAAGUGGAAUAUGAUCUUAAUCGCGAAUUUCAAAACGGCCGAACCUCCACAAUCAACUUGCCCCUUCUCCUUUUGCGCUGUUCUUGUACCACCGUUCGAUUUUGACUAAUGAUACUACGAACAUGCACGCGCAUAUAAUAUCUAUUGUUUGUUACUCGUUUUUUAAACUCUAAAUUGAUCGACGACGUAAUUUUCGUUCGUUGUACAAAAUACGAGUGGAGACACUGAAGGGAAAAUUAAAAAUAGAGAUUGCUAAUAAAUUAAGGGGAUGCAUACAUUUAACCGGAUCAAAAAUCAAUUCUUUUUUACAUUUUCAGAAAGUAUAACAUUUAAGGAUUUCUCUCAAUGCAGUAAAUUAUAAAAUUAUCAAACAGGCUAUUCGUCUUACUUAAAUCUCUUAGAUAUCUAUUUUUUUCUUGCCUUCUAUUACAUAUUGAAGCAAAUGUAAAAAAGAGAUAGAAUAGGUCUGAUUUUUUGUGUUAUGCGACGUUAAGUCGGAGGUUUGACUAUACUCUAAAUCUUUGUUAAACGAUAUUCCACUCUCGUAACAAAUUCAUUUUACUGAUAAACUUCCGUUACAGUGUGGCAUAUCGUCCCCAUGUUGUUAAUAGUUGCUUUCCAUUUACACUUUAGUGAUCUGAGUCACUCAGUUAUGUGAGUAUUUUAUACUCAGGUAAGAUAAGUCAUUUUGUACUUACCUGCUUAUUUUGGUGACAAAGCUAUCGCAUAACAAUACAGAUUCGUAGUCUCACUUUUAAUGUGAGUUUAUUAGAUUCAUUGAAGCACAUGGUCUCGAUUGUGGAUAAAAACUCUGUUGACUCUCACUUGCCAGCAUGCAAAAAGAACGUGCAUUCGACAAUUGAGUUUUGACGUCACAAGUGAGAAUUAUCCGAGUUUUGAUGUAAAUGAAAAGCAACUAAUAUAUUGCAUUCUAGACUUGGUUUUACGCGAUAAAAUGGAUCUUUUUUUAAGAUGAGAAUAAAAUAUUGAUUAAAAAAUA